AGGUCCCAGACCCAAGCUGACCGGUCUCUGCCCACUCCUCCUCAGCGGCGACAAGGUCACACAACCAACCAAGGCCGGCCGCCGCCAUGGCUUCGCCGGAGACCAGUAGCCGGCGACGGCAGCUAGGACCUCCACCUCCGCCCGCUGCCUCUCGCCGAGGCGGUUCCACUCGGUGGCUUUGUGCUCUGCGGAACAGCAAGAGCCAAGAGGUAAACCAGAAAAGCGGGAAAGGGAUAAGGAAACCAUCUCAGAGAGAAAAGCCGAUGCCUUAUUCGGUAACCUUUGAAUCAGCUCGCUGCUGCCGGUGCCCGAUUCCUUGCCUACUAAUUCCUUUCCUUGUUGUUCACCAAAGGGCCUGCUAUGGGAGGACACCAAGCAUAGGUAUACAUGCCUUGCUUCACCCUAGAAAAACAGAAUGCGUGUGCCCUGAGAUGCCAUGCCUUGCACCAACAUAGGUUCGGCAAAGUAUCAGCUCACCAAUGCCAAUACCACGCAAUGGAUGAUCCCACACCUAUUUCUGCUUGCAACCGCCUGCAUCACCGGGUCUAUAAGUACCUCCCUAUCCUCUUCACCCAAACAUCGACAACACCUGCGCCUGCAAUCAUCUGGCUGGUCUUGUGUUUCACCAAUCUCUGCCUCCCUGCUCUCUCGCUCGCAACUGCAAUCAUCUGCGCCCUUGAUUUCAGCAUGGAGGUAGCCAUAGGUGCGGCGCGAUGGGUGGUGGGCAAGGCGCUGGGCCCUGUCGCCGACGGCUUGCUGGAGGCGUGGGCUGCCAGCAAGGAGCUAGGCCCUAACGUUGACGCGCUAAAGAUGGAGCUUCUCUAUGUGCAGGGGAUGCUCAACAACUCCCGCAGCCGGAACAUUGACAACCCUGCACUUAACGUGCUGCUGCAGAAGCUGCGGGACCUCGCGUACAGUGCCGAGGAUGUGCUGGACGAGCUCGACUACUUCCGUAUCCAGGACCAGCUCGACGGCACCUACGAGGCCGCCGACGAGCAUGCCAGGGGCUGCGUGUGCAAUCUCUACCUCAACGCUCAUCACACCGCUAGAGCUGCUGGCAAACUGCUCUGCUUCUGUCCAUUUUUGCGUACGGCUAGCCGUGUUGAUCCAAGCGAGCCAAGGGAAGAAGAUACAAGGCAACAAGUACUCUGCUGCGCUUGGCCAUGUGCCAAGCAGCGGAGUGCACGCUCAAACACCCCGUCAGCGCCACACAACCACCAGGCCAACGAAGAGGUCAGAAGAUGCAUGCGCAAGCUCGCUUCUGGUGCUUGCAACACCAUCCGUCAUGUUGGUAAACUCCUCCAUUGCUCAUCCCUCCCAACUCAUGAUGAUGAUAGUUCUGUCAUGCCAGUCAUUUGCGGUGCCUGCAAGCACAAGGCAUCCCUGAAAAAGCAUGUGAAAGAAACUCCAAAACUAGAGUUUGAUAGGGUGGAUCUGUCUAAAAGAAUGAAGCAUAUUGUAGAGCAACUGCAGCCAGUAUGUGCAAAGGUCAAAGCCAUUCUUAAUCUAGAGUUGUUGGGUUCUAGCCAUACUACCGCCCCAAGCAUUGCCAAGAGUCCAUCCACCACCACCUCUGACAUUAUAGAGUCAACACUGUACGGGAGAGAAACUGCGAAGAAGAGCAUCAUAGAUAGUAUUACUCAUGUUAAAUAUAGUGACAAAGACCUAACUAUCCUGCCAAUUGUUGGUUCGGGUGGCAUAGGGAAGACAACUCUCGUACAACACAUAUAUCACAGCCAAGAAGUGCAAAAGCAUUUUCAGGUCAAGGUCUGGAUAUGUGUAUCUCAGAAUUUCAUUGUUAAUAAGCUGACUGAAGAGAUUGAAAAAGCAAUACCUAGUGUGGAAGGUGAAAAAGGGGGUAGAGCAGAAGUGUUAAUUGAACAGAGAUUAAAUUCUAAAAGGUUUCUGCUUGUAUUAGAUGAUAUUUGGAAGUGUGAAUCUGAGGACUGGGAAAGGCUUUUAGUACCACUCAGAAAAGGGCAGACAAAGGGCAAUAUAAUUUUAGUGACAACUCGGUUUCCAGCUGUAGCAGAAAUUGUUAAAACAACUGAUAGUUCAAUAGAUCUGAAGGGCUUAGAACAAGGAGUGUUUACAGACUUUUUUCGAGCAUGCAUUUUUCGCGAUAAGCAAUCACAAAAAGAUCAUCAUGGGCUACUUGAGAUUGGGGAUAAGAUAGCAGAAAAGCUAAAGGGAUCCCCUCUUGCAGCAAAAACUGUAGGUAGAUUAUUGAGAAACCACCUUGAUGUGUAUCAUUGGAAUAGAGUCCUAGAAAGUAGAGAAUGGGAAAUGCAGACCGGUGAGCGUGACAUUAUGCCUGCAUUGAAACUUAGCUAUGAUUAUCUGUCUUUUCAUCUGCAGCAAUGUUUUUCUCGUUGUGCUUUAUUUCCUGAAGAUUACAAGUUUAACAGUGAAGAGCUCAUUCAUUUCUGGAUAGGACUGGAUAUUUUGCCUUCUGGUGAUCGAAAUAAAACAGUUGAAGAUUUAGGUGUGGACAUUUUAAAUGAUUUGGUCAACCAUGGAUUUUUCAAAAAAGAUGAAACUGGCGGGCAUCCAUAUUAUAUCAUUCAUGACCUGCUGCAUGAUUUAGCUUUGAAGGUUGCAUCUCAUGAAUGUCUUAGUUUGCAUCACUCUAAUGUAAGAUCAGUAGAAAUUAGGCCAUCUAUCCGUCACUUGUCGAUCAUAAUAGAUGAUCCAGAUGAUAGUAAUGGAAUUACUGAUGAGACCUUUAAGAGUGAGUUGAGGAAACUUAAGACAAAAUUGAAGGUUGAAAACUUGCAAACAUUAAUUAUAUUUGGAGGAGAAGAUGAAAGCUUUGUCAGCAUAUUUGGUGAUCUGUUCAUGGAAGCAAAUGCUCUCCGUGUUCUUUGUUUGCCCACAUUGUCAUAUCCCCUGGAAUCCAUGUUGCAUAACUUUUCAUCACUUCGUCACCUACGAUUCCUAAAGCUAGGGACUUCAAUCAGCCAGAUGCAUUUACCAACAACCUUAUCCCGAUUUUAUCAUUUGAAGAUAUUGGAUCUACAAGAAUGGGAUGGUUCUUUACUUUUACCUAGAGACAUGAGUAACCUUGCAAAAUUGUGCCAUUUUCUUGCCCAAUAUGAUGAUGUUCAUUCGGGUAUUUAUAAUGUCGGGAAACUAAAACUCUUACAGGAGUUAAAGGUUUUUGCAGUCAAUAAAGAAAGUGAAGGGUUUGAACUAAAUCAACUAGAGCAUCUCAACGAGAUAAGAGAGCUUGGGAUUUAUAACCUUGAGAAAAUACACACCAAAGACAAAGCAGUUGAAGCAAAACUGAUAGACAAAAACUACUUGCACAAGUUAACAUUAUGUUGGGAUAGUGAGCGGUCCAAUAUUGAACCCGAUGUGGAAGCAGUGGUUCUAGAGAGCCUUCAACCACAUAGAAAUCUUCAAGAGUUGUGCAUUAGAGGACACAGAGGUCCUUGUCCAGCGUGGUUGGGUGAUAAUCUCGUUGUUGAGGCUCUACAGACUCUUUGUCUUGUUGGUGUUUCUUGGUGUGUUUUUCCUUCUUUGGGGAAGACGUGGGAUCUUCGUGAACUAACAGUGGAGAAUAUUGCCACAAUAAAGGAGUUUAGUCUAGAGCAAAGCUUUUGCAAGAUAGUAAAGCUUACACUCAUGGACUUAGAAAAUUUUGAAAAAUGGGUACCACGGGCCACUCAUUUGUUCUCGUGUUUGCAAGUACUGAUUAUUAAAAAUUGCCCUAAACUCUUGGAGUUGCCAUGUUCAAGCCACAUUGUUUACCCACUGAAACAAGACUGGAACAUAGAUUGGUUUCCCAAACUACAAAAACUCAGGAUAGAAAAUUGCCCUGGAGUCUUCCUACUGCCUCCUAUCCCUUGGACUCAUACUUUGAGCAACGUCUCGAUAAGUGGUGUGGGAUCAAAGCUACCAAACCAGUUAGUCUACUCUAGAGUAGCAUUAAAAAUUACUGGAAAGGAUGGUAUGCAUAGCUUAGGUCAGCUGUUACUAUUCAGUGGACUAACAGAACUUCAGGAAUUGGAAGUUAAUGCAAAGGAUGGUAUGCACAACUUGGAUCAGCUGUUACUGUUCAGUCAACUAACAGAACUUCAGGAGUUGGAGAUAGAAAAUUGCCCACCUUUGAAGCUGGAGCAUUUUCUAAUGCUAACCUCAUUGAAGAGAUUGUGGGCAUGGUCGUCAAAUCUUGGGGUGGUGGCAUCAGAAGUUCAGAGUGGUGUCGAAUGGCAGCAUCCUUGUCACACCCUGAUUUUCAUGGCACAACACUUAAGAUGAUAAAUCAUGAUAAAGUGUGGUUUGACAAAAACUUUUGCAUUAUUUGACUUUUUAUUUGAGUUGGUUUUCUCUCUGUGUUUUUCAAGUGCUCUUAAAAAGUCAACAUAGCUUCGCCUUCUAUACUUCAUCUCC